GCCAAGGCUGGUAUUAAAACACACAGCAGCAGCUUGUCUUUGAAUACAUUUCCCAGAGGCGUCUUCAGAUCUUAUUAAAGAGCAUCUUUCAGUUGCAGACAAUGGAAACCAACGGAACCAACCUGCUCCCCCUAAGCUCGGAUAUCACAGACAAGAACUACAGCAUUUGUAUUCUUGGAACUGGGGACUUUGGCCGAUCACUGGGAUUUAAAUUGAUACAAAGUGGCUUCCAUGUGAUAUUUGGGAGCCGGAACCCUGCCAGCGCUAGCUUGCUUCUCAAGGGGGUGGAAGUGUUUGGCCAUGCAGAGGCAGCGCAAAAAUGCCCACUGAUCAUUGUGGCUGUACAGAGGGAUCAUUAUGACAAUUUUCUCAGGGAACUUGAGGAUGUUUUAGAGGGAAAAGUCUUAGUGGACAUAAGCAACAACCUGAAGAUAGACCAGUACCCAGAAUCCAAUGCGGAAUACCUGGCCCAGAUGCUACCAAGAGCUAAAGUCGUCAAAGCAUUUAACACAGUGUCAGCAUGGUCUCUGCAAUCUGGAACCCUGGAUGCCAGCAGACAGGUCUUUGUUUGCUCAGAUGACAACACAGCUAAACAGAAGGUAAUGGACAUUGUGCGUGCCAUUGGGUUGACGCCACAAGAUAAAGGAUCUUUAGUGGCAGCUAAAGAAAUAGAGAAUUACCCCCUACAGCUUUUUCCUAUGUGGAGACUCCCCAUCUACCUAUGCGCAGGACUAACUGUGCUCGUGUUCCUUUACUGCAUGAUCAACGACGUUGUCUACUCUGCAGCUGUCCUUGAAAAAGACGUCUCCUUCCGACUGGCCAUCUCAAUUCCCAACAAGGUCUUCCCCAUCGUCUCGCUCAUGCUGCUGGCCUUGGUCUACCUUCCAGGAGUGUUUGCUGCUGUUAUUCAACUGUAUCGCAGCACGAAGUACAGCCGCUUCCCCAACUGGCUGGACCGCUGGAUGUUGUGUAGGAAACAGCUGGGAUUGGUUGCCCUAGCCUAUGCCUUUCUCCAUGCCAUCUACACUCUGGUGAUUCCAAUUCGAUAUUACGUAAGGCACAGGAUAGCAGCCGGCACCAUUGCGCAGGUCAAGAAGAACGAAACCAGCCCCUUCCUAAACGUCGUGGCCUGGAGGUCAGACACGUACAUAGCUCUAGGAAUUCUGGGAUUUUUCUUCUAUGUUCUCUUGGGAAUAACGUCAUUGCCAUCUGUUAGUAACGCCGUGAACUGGAGAGAAUUCCGCUUUGUCCAGUCUAAGCUGGGCUACCUCACGCUGGUGCUGUGCACAGGACACGCAUUUUUGUAUGGCUGGAACAAGUUCCUGAAUGUGGCUAAUUUCAGAUGGUGUAUGCCACCUGCCUAUACGCUCUCUCUGGUCGUCCCAUGUAUCGUGCUGAUCCUCAAAUUCAUUCUCAUAAUCCCAUGUAUUGAUAAAAGGAUUACCAAAAUACGGCAGGGCUGGGAAAGACGUCCCCCGGCUCAAGCAGAUAAGAAGUUUAAAAAUGGUCAUGUUGCUGUAUAAUGUAUGGGAUGUAUUG